CGUUGCGAGUUAGAAAAGUAGCGUGAUAGCUCACAGGCGGAACUUUUACCGUCGACCCGAGACGGAAAUAUGGACGUGUCGCUGAAAGUUUUGUGUGGAUUGCUGUUUGUUUUGCAACUUUACGGCACGCAUACAGAUGGACAGGUCAAGAAAGAGACACUGCUGUCUGACAAAGUCAGUCAGCUGAUGGAUUGGGCCAGCAGGAGACCAGUGAUCCGCAUGAACGGUGACAAGUUUCGGCGCUUCGUCAAGGCUCUGCCACGCAACUAUUCAGUGGUGGUGAUGUUCACUGCCCUCCAGCCCCAGAGGCAGUGUGGGGUGUGCAGGCAGGCCGACGACGAAUACCAAAUCCUGGCCAACUCCUGGCGUUAUUCCAGCGCAUUCACCAACCGCAUCUUCUUCGUCACCGUGGAUUUCGAUGAAGGCUCAGAUGUCUUUCAGAUGCUGAACAUGAACUCCGCUCCUACGUUCAUCCACUUCCCGCCGAAGGGGAAGCCCAAGCGGGCCGACACCUACGAGCUGCAGAUCCGCGGUUUCGGGGCAGAGCAGAUCGCCCGCUGGAUAGCCGACCGGACCGACGUCAAUAUCCGCAUCAUCCGGCCACCGAACUACGCCGGGCCGCUCAUGUUGGGCUUCCUGCUGGCAGCCAUCGGGAGCCUGGUGUACCUGCGCCGCAACAACCUGGACUUCCUGUUCAGCAGGAACACCUGGGCCUUUGCAGCGCUGAGCGUGGUCCUGAUAAUGACCUCUGGGCAGAUGUGGAACCACAUCCGAGGACCUCCCUACGCCCAUAAGAACCCCAGCACCGGGCAAGUGAACUACAUACACAGCAGCAGCCAGGCGCAGUUUGUGGCGGAAACCCACAUCGUCCUCCUCUUCAAUGCCGCCAUCACCCUGGGCGUGGUUCUCCUCCUCGAGGCUGCGACGUCUGAUAUGGACAUAGGCAAGAGAAAAAUUAUGUGUGUAGCUGGCAUUGCCCUCGUCGCCUUGUUCUUCAGCUGGCUGCUGUCCGUCUUCAGGAGCAAGUACUACGGGUAUCCAUACAGUUUUCUGAUGAGCUGAAAAUCCAUCUGGGUGGAAGACGAAGGCGGGGGGGAGGGGGGGCAGCACGCAGCUCUGUGCCAAACACUGGAAAAACAAUGUGCCUUCAUGCUCUGUGAUCAUAUGACCCAUUUGACCAUUAUCAUUCAUCUCCUGUCACGUGACUUUUGGCUCAGGAUGUGAGAUGUAUCAGUCUAACUCUUCUGUGCUGCUUCAAAGACAUCAGCUGUGACGUUUGGGUGAGACUUUAACGUCAAAUUAAUUUUUCAAAAACACAUUCACACAUCCACAAAGUACGGAAACUUAUCGGGAUGAUCUACCUCGUACAGUUUCUCGUUUGUCCUUGUUCUUUUAAUGUUCCCCAUUUUCAGUUUUCAGCAUCUCCCCGUUUUUUUUGCCUUCUAUUUUCAAAAUGUUUCCAGUCAGGAUUUAUUUAAUUACUUAAUUCUGCUGAAACCGAUGAUUUUUUUUAAUAUUAUAUCAUCAUAAUUAUAUCCUGUUUGGAUUCAGGUAUUUCAAUCAUUCAGGUAAUUAAAUUCAACUGUAACUUCACUGGCUGAAAUUUAGAAAAAAAUCUGGGUUGAUUAUUGUUCUCUUUGGCACCCAUGAAUUUGGAAACAAAAGGAAAAUGAUGCAACCUUUGUUCCCCCAGUAUCUAGAUAAACUUUAUCACAUGCUUAAUAUUCAGGGAUGCACAAAACUGGUAAACAAGUACACAUUCACCUUUAAAAGCUAGACAUGCUGCAAUUGAUUGUUGUAACAAUACAAAUGCAUAUUUAUUUAAUGUGCGUUUAUGCUGCUUUGACAAGAAAUUACUGUGCAUUUUAACGUUUAUAUCCUAAUUUGUACUUCAUUUGUGCAUGGCAAAUUGUCAUUGCAGCACAAAUGCACAUAAAUAUGUACGCAUUUGUGCUGUUAUAGCAAACGUUUAUAAAGGUGAAUGUACUUGCAUGCCAGUUAUAUGCAUCCCUGUUUAUAAAUAUAAUUCAGUGUGGUUUGGUUUGGCUUGUUGCGGG